UGCCGCGUGUCCCGGCGCAGGAUGGAGCAGGCGGGGGACGCGCUCGAGGAGGUGCUGAGCAAGGCGCUGAGCCAGCGGAGCCUCACCCUCGGCGUCUACGAGGCGGCCAAGCUGCUCAACGUGGACCCCGAUAACGUGGUGCUGUGCCUGCUGGCGGCCGAGGAGGAGGAGGCGGGGGACGCGGCGCUGCAGAUCCACUUCACGCUGCUGCGGGCCUUCUGCUGCGAGAACGACAUCAACAUCCUGCGCGUCAGCAACCCGGCUCGCCUGGCGGAGCUGCUGCUGCCGGCCGCGGGCCCCGAGCCGCCCGCCGACCUGCACUGCGUGCUCGUCACGAACCCGCAGGCGUCGCAGUGGAAGGAUCCAGCGCUGAGCCAGCUGAUGUGUUUCUGCCGGGAGAGCCGGUACCUGGACCAGUGGGUGCCGGUGAUCAACCUCCCGGAGCGGUGACCCCCAGCCCGGCCCCGCUGCCAGCCUUUGCCACUUGCUCAGGAAGGAACUCCCUGCCCCGGCUCCAGGAUUCCCCCGGGGGAGGGAGGAAAAAUAAAACACAAUAACAACUUUUUUUUUUUUUUUAAAAAAAAUAGAUAUAAAAUAAUAAAACUGAUGUCGUGGGGGAGGUUUGGCUGCAGUGGAGCGAUGCAGAGCGUGGGAGUCGGGAUGAAAACAAGGGAUGAGCCCAGCCUGACGUGCCCAGGGUGCCCUCACAAGAAUCCUCCUCACUCUUUCUGUCCUUAAGUGCCACUUAAAGUUCCUGCUUUAAACACCUUAACGAGCAAACAAGGUUAAUCGAGGCCUUUUGCCAGCAAUGCUGUUGUAUUUUUGGGAUGUUAAUUCUCACGUUUUUAUGCUAAGAUAUAUAAUAAUAAUAAUAAGUUAUUUUCUGAUAUUGAUGGAAAAAUUAUUUAUACUUGGAGGUCUGAGAACCGAAGUGCCCUCGUGCAGUUGGUCUGCAACCACAAAUCUUCUCCCAGUUGGCUGCAAAAGCAGCAUCAUUAAUAUAAUUAUUUGAAAUUUGAGUGUUUUUUGGGGUUCUGGUGUUCUUGUUUUGUGCUUUCUUUUUUUUUUUGAAAUAAAGUGUAAAAUCAAA